UAGAUUUUCUAUCCCACACACGCGCAGACACGGAAGUAAGUUGAGGUUAGAGGUGAAAGGUUUCCUUGAGGAGGUUGACAGCUGCUGCUAACGUGCUAACUUUCAUUUGGAGCUGUUUUUAAGUGUCUAAAAGCUUAAAAUGGCAGAUGAUCAAGGAGAUGAAGUACCUACUCUGCCGUGUAUCUUAGUCACAAGUUGUGACUCAAGCUUUAAAGAAGAGGAGCUCAUUAGACAGAUCUUGGGCUCAGAAUCACUACCACAAGCUUCCAAAAUAGAGGAAAAAGUUUCUUGGUUUCCAUGGACAAUUAACAACAAAUACUACACAGCAGAUGUCAGUCUAUGUGUGGUUUCAAGUACAUUCGACAUGAAUGCAGAGGUUGCCCGCUCUAUGCAAGCAUUCAUCGUUUAUUUUGACAGCAAAACUAAAGACGGCCUUAACAGUGUCAACCCCUGGUUAUCAGUAGUGGAGGAACUGGCUCCAGAAGUGCUGAUCCUAGUGUGUGACCAUGUGUGUGACAGCGGUGUUAGCAGACAUGAAGCCCAGCAAUGGUGUCUGGCUCACGCAUUUGAAUUAGUAGAGCUCAACCCUCAAGAUCUACCUGAUGAAGAUGAUGACUUCCCAGAAUCCACUGGAAUAAAACGAAUACUGCAGGCCCUCAACGCCAACGUGUGGUCCAGUGUCGAGAUGAAAGAUGAACAUAGUCAGGGAUUUGGGCUAAUGAGCAGCCUGGUGGCCUCUCAUCACAACAACCCACGGCCCAGUCAAGAAACACUGACAUCUCAAUCCCCAUCCAACAGUACAGAUGAAGGCACUGAGAGCCAGAGAGUAGAGAAUAACCAGAAUAAUACAGUAGACACAGCAGUUGAUCCCAUGAUUGACAUAGAUAUCCAAGAGUUGGCUAAUCUAACAGCUGGGGAUGCAGAUGUGGAGAAUUUUGAACGACUCUUUACAAAAUUGAAAGAGAUGAAAGACAAGGCCUCUUCGUUGCCACAUGAACAGAGGAAAGUACAUGCAGAGAAGGUUGCUAAAGCAUUCUGGAUGGCUAUUGGUGGAGACCAGGAUGAGAUUGAUGGCUUGUCAUCAGGGGAGGAGAGUUAAGGCCAGAGUUACUCUUAACCAGCUUAAAAUGUUGAUACUCAGCCCACCCUUCGAACCCCGUCGUCCCAAAUCUGCCCAGCCAAGCCAUGUCCUGCCCAAGAACCCAAGAUCCGACGUGAGGAACAUGCAAGAAAGUGGGCAAAAACAGCAACUGAGAUUUUAAUGUUACUGCUGUUACUAUAAUCUAAACGUCCAACACCUCAAUCAGGCAGUACAGAGUCAUUAUGGGCUUUUGGCUUUAAACAUUGUAAUCUCAGAGCCAUUGGAUGGGUUGCAGGCGGGAAGAAUUAUCUUGUCUGCUCUCUGGUGCAAGCCACAUGCAAGGAUGAAGCCUAUGGUUCUGUCAAGAGUUGUUGUAAAUCAUAUGACAGAUGAGCUGACAAAUAUGGAUUGUUUUUAAACUUAGUUUUCCUUAUUUUUCUUGAUAUAAGUCACAAUUACGGACUAUGCUUGAGCAUGUCAUUAGCUCUUCAUCAAUUAAAAGAAUAAUCUGUCAAAUCAA